AUGGCACCAGGAGUGACAGCGAGGAUAUAUGCAGAAUUGAAGAAUGCCCACACUUCACAUCCGGUUAUAUCUGAGGAUGAGGGCCCGGAUCUGGGUUCCCUAGGUGGACUCUUGGAGGGUGGUGAUAGUGCAGCGAAAUCUGCGAUCGCAGCUUGGUAUUUAGCAUCUAAAAAGAAGAAUGAAGGAGGCGAUGAGAAAUAUUGCCACUUUUUUUAUUAUUGGGUAGGUCAAAUGUUAAAUAGCUCGAAUAGGGAUGAAUCAUUCUCACUGUAUGUGAAUCUAAUAUACAACCAAUUGGAAGGGGUAAAUGUUAAUGGCGUCAAGUGCCCAAAUAUAACUACUACUGACAAUGUUACUUGGUCCCUCUUCCAAAAACGAAAAACUGUCUUCGACUAUUACCACGACUACGACACCAUACAACAACAAUUAUUACAGCAGGAUGGUGAUGGUAAUUGGUGUGAAAGUACACAUGUCGAUUAUCUAAAAGCAAUUUCCUUAGUUUAUAAUGAUGUUCUCACGAGUUGUGCAAAUGAUAACAAUGACCCAUGUUGUGUCAAAUACAACAGGGAGGUAAAGUCUGCGGCAGGGGACGGAAACGACGACAAAUAUGAGCUACUGUUGAAACAAAGCUGUGCUGCAGCGGCAACUGAGAAGGAAUCGGAGCAAUUUACCACAUUGCAAGGAACUGAUUCCACCACUGCCACCAUCCCAAUCGUCUCUUCUGUACUCGGAAUAAUGAGUCUUCCUACCAUUGUUUUCUUUUUAUAUAAGUAUACCAAUUUAUUUUCUGGAUUACAUGGAACCCUCUCCCCUACGAGCAGAAGAAAAAAAAGGGAAGGAUCCUUCAGACAUGAAUUGAACACCUUAACGGAACAUGAUUCUCUCACUGAAUACUCCACAGAUUAUUCCACAGAAAUGAAUUCCAUCAGAACAUAUUCCAUGACAGAAUAUUCAGCUCCACCACCGUCCAGCAGAAGAAGGAAUAACAGCAACGGACAACAACCACAAAGAACGAAUAUUAGUUAUCAUCCUAGGUAA